AUGGUCAUGUGGUCUGUCUGUGUUAGGUGCAUAGCCUUUCAGGCACUCACGGGGUCCCCGCUGGUUCCCCAGUCGUUGCUGCAUGCGCUGGCUCAUGGGCUGGCGGGGCACAGAGGGCGAGUGGCCAAAGGAGGGGGAAUUACCAUCCCUCCUCCCACCCACCAAGGGGCAUGCAUGGUGGUGCAGGGGGUGAGUGCAACGAGCAAAGGUGCAAGUCAAGUCAACGCCACUCACUGGGUCCCUUCGCUGCUGCAUGCGGUGGCUCAUGGGCUGGCGGGGCACAGAGGGCGAGUGGCCAAAGGAGGGGGGCAUGCCUCCCGGGCUCCCCCCCUCUCCCGGCAUGAAGAGCGGCGCUCCGUACUGCUGAAUGGCCGCUAUCUCCUUCUGUACCAGCUUGCCGUAGCCUCCUCGCCGUGCAGUAGGGGAGGGGAGGGGAAGGGGCGCACAUAG